CUGUGUAAGGCUUGGUCGUCACAGUUCUAAGUGCAGACCUGCUGCUUGCUCUGAGACCAAAUCUGGACAGACUGUGAAUCAACACCUUUCAACUCUUCACCAGAGAGAUGAUCCAGUUGAGACUGGUGACACUGGCUGCACUGCUCUGUUCUCUUCCCAGUGCUGAUGGAGGGAAAGUCCUGGUUGUCCCUGCGGAUGGGAGCCACUGGGUCAACAUGAAGGUCCUCAUCCAGGAGCUGCACUCUAGAGGUCACGAGAUCACAGUGAUCCGGCCCAGAAACAGCUGGUUCAUCAAAGCAGAGUCCCAUCUCUACCAGUCAAUCGACCUUGGUGAUGUUACUGAACAUGAUGCAAGCUUCUUUGAUCAUUUCAUGACAAGAAUGCUGCAAUACCGGCGGGACUUUCACAUUUCAACUACUGCAUUUUUCAAAGCUGGAGAGGAGACUAUGAAAAUGUUGUAUGAUGCUAACAAAGCUAUGGUUGAUCUAAUGGAAGAGAUAUUUGAGGAUGUUAAACUGAUGCAGUUCUUGCAGGAGGCCAAGUACGAUGUUGUUCUGACUGACCCCUGCUUCGGUGGAGGGGUUCUUCUGGCUCAUCGGUUGGGUGUGCCUUUGGUCUUUAAUGUACGAUGGACAAUCUUAGGAGAAGGACAUGGCACAAUUGCCCCCUCUCCCCUCUCAUAUGUUCCCAUACCAGGCGCUGAACUGACUGAUAAAAUGACUUUUUGGCAAAGGGUAAAAAAUGUUGGCUUAGCCUUGCUUGUACUUAAAAACCAGGCAACAAUGCAUGAGUCUCUCUACACACCAUUUGUCCACCGUCAUUUUGGUCCUGAUGUCCACUAUAAUGACCUCGUUCAGGCAGCAGAUAUUUGGUUGAUGAGAACUGACUUCACCUUUGAGUUCCCUCGUCCCACCAUGCCCAACGUUGUCUACAUGAGCGGCUUUCAGUGUAAACCCUCUAAGCUGCUUCCUCAGCAUCUGGAGGACUUUGUCCAGAGCUCUGCAGAGCAUGGAGUCAUUAUUAUGAGCUUGGGGACCUUGGUGGGGACUCUUCCUGAGGAUAUAGCAGAACAUGUGGCUGCUGCUUUUGCCCAGUUACCUCAGAGGGUCAUCUGGAAGCAUGCUGGGAAGAGACCGUCCACCCUGGGCAACAACACCCUACUGCUGGACUGGCUACCCCAAAAUGACCUCCUAGGACACCCGAAGACCAGAGUGUUUGUGGCCCACGGAGGCACCAAUGGUGUUCAAGAGGCCAUCUACCAUGGAGUUCCCAUCGUUGGCCUUCCUCUGAUGUUUGACCAGGAUGAUAACCUGUUCAGGAUGAGAGCGAGGGGUGUUGCCAAAGUGAUGGACAUUGGCACGCUGAACAAAGACAACUUCCUGGAGGCGGUGAAGGCGGUGCUUUAUGAGCCGUCCUACAGGGAGAAGAUGCAGGAGCUCUCCAGGCUGCACAGAGACCAGCCCAUGAAGCCUCUGGACCGAGCCAUGUUCUGGAUCCAGUUUGUCAUGAGACACAAGGGAGCUGCUCACUUAAAGACCAACUCUUACAAGAUGUCCUGGAUUCAGUACCACUCCAUUGAUGUGAUCGCACUGUUGCUAGUGUCGAGUGUGGUGCUGUUACUGAUUUGUAUUUUGACAGUGAAAUGUUUGUGUUGUAAAGUGUUUGGUUGGAUGAAAGAAAAACGGGACUAAUACAGAUACUUAAGUUGUCUGUAGGUGCUUCUGUUGUAUUUUUUA